AAAGCCUACCCACGCCGGACGCUCCCCUGCCUCCCGAACCAAUCUCCCGUCGAGUCAGACGCGCAUGUAAGCGGCCGGAGAAGAAUCCCAACCUCCCAAGCGACUCUGUCCCAUCAUCACCAUCGCCGCCGUCAGCAGCUAGAGCCGUGGCGAUGGCGGUGGCAGCGGGGAGGAGGCUGCUGCUGCAGUCGGAGGCGCCGCGGCGCCAGCAGCAGCAGCAGGCGGCGUCGCCGUCGCCGUGGAGCGCGGGGUACCUCAACACGUGGCUGUCCCAGCGCACGCCCGUCUUCGGCCUCCGCCUCUGGGUGCUCAUGGGCAUCGCCGUCGGCGCCGCCAUCGUGCUCGUGCUGCUGCUGCUCUUCCUCUGCCUCUCGCGCCGCCGCCGCGGCCGCCGCGCGGCCAAUCUCUACCACCCCGCCGACGCCAAGCCCCUCAAGCAGCAGCAGCAGCACUUGCAGCACCACCACGCGCCCACGCCGGCCAAGGACAUCCAGGAGAUCGUGCGCCGGCAGCAGCAGCCGGCGCCGACCCCGCUGCCGCAGCCCGCCGCGGUGCAGAUGGCCAAGGCGGAGCCGCCGCCGCCGCCGCCGCCGCAGGCGCAGGCGCAGACGCUGCAGCAGCAGAGGGCGCAGCUCCCGGCGAUGCCCGCGGGAUCCAAGCGCUCGACGGCGGCCAGCGGCCUGUCGGCCACCACGAGCGGCGGGAGCGAGCGGGACCUGGCCACGCCGAGGAGCGCCGGCAGCGGCGCGGCGGGGCCGGAGGUGUCGCACCUCGGGUGGGGCCACUGGUUCACGCUCCGGGAGCUCGAGGAGGCCACCGACGGGCUCGCCGAGGAGAAUGUGAUCGGCGAGGGGGGCUACGGGAUUGUUUACAGAGGCACGCUGCAAGAUUCCACCAUCAUUGCCGUCAAGAAUCUGCUCAAUAAUAGGGGCCAGGCCGAGAAGGAGUUCAAGGUGGAGGUCGAAACGAUCGGCCGUGUCAGGCACAAGAACCUCGUCAGGCUGCUCGGCUACUGCGUCGAGGGUGCCUACAGGAUGCUUGUCUACGAGUAUGUCGACAACGGCAACCUUGAUCAGUGGCUUCAUGGAGAGAUUGGGGAGGAGAGCCCAUUGACUUGGGAUAUGAGGAUGAACAUAAUUAUCGGAACUGCUAAAGGGCUGGCCUAUCUCCACGAAGGGCUGGAACCGAAGGUUGUCCACCGUGACGUCAAAUCUAGCAAUAUUCUCAUCGACAAGCAGUGGAAUGCUAAAGUAUCGGAUUUUGGGCUUGCGAAACUGCUGUGCUCGGAGGAAAGCUACGUUACUACCCGUGUUAUGGGAACUUUCGGCUAUGUGGCGCCUGAAUACGCCAGCACCGGGAUGUUAACUGAGAGGAGCGAUGUGUAUAGCUUUGGCGUUCUUUUGAUGGAGAUUAUAACUGGUAGAUCUCCUGUAGAUUAUACUAGGUCAGCUGGAGAGGUGAACUUGAUCGAAUGGCUGAAGAACAUGGUGGCAGAGAGGAAAGCAGAGGACGUAGUCGACCCCAAGCUUCCCGAGAGGCCUUCCUCGAAAGCACUGAAGCGGGCUCUUCUGGUCGCCCUUCGCUGCGUCGACCCCGAUGGCCAUAAGCGGCCUAAAAUGGGGCAUGUGAUCCACAUGCUGGAGAUGGAGGACCUAAACCCCCGCGACGACAGGAAGCCCCGAAGGGAUGCGACGACGGACAGAUCCAGCUCGAUGGAGGACGGGAGCCUGAGCAAGCGCGAGAACCAACGGUACCGAUGAUGAUGGGAAUGGCACAACGACGACGAUGCUGCCGAACCGCCGGGACAUGAUCUGAGUCUGUGCGGAUCGGACUGCCCCUUGCUAGAUAAUGUACGUACGUACGGGUACCAUUAACCAAGCAUGUCGUGAUUGCAUUAUUUUUUGGCCCCUGAUUGGAUCUCAUAGUACUUAUGAUAUACUUAUAACCAACUCAACCCCCCUCCUCCUUGCUCUUGAUUGUAUUAUAUGUGCGAGCAUCGUUCUAUGACAGUUCUUUGAUAUACUCACUUGUUGAACCGCA